UCCCCCCCCCCAACCCAGGUCCACCGUUUUUCCACCAUAUCGCUGAAACUCCGGCCCUCGGCUCUCGGCUCCGGCACAAUCUCAACGUACUGGAGGGGGCCUCAGAUCGCAUAAUUCUCGAAGAUGAGUAGCUUGGUUGAGAGGCUUCGGGUUAGAUCGGAUCGGAAGCCAAUUUAUAAUAUGGAUGAAUCAGAUGAUGAUGCUGAUUUUAUAUCUGGAAAAUCUGGUAAAACUGAGGAGAAGUUAGAAAGGAUAGUCAGGACUGAUGCGAAAGAAAACUCAUGUCAAGCCUGUGGAGAGAGUGAAAAUCUCUUGAGUUGCGCAACAUGUACCUAUGCAUACCACCUAAAGUGUUUACUUCCUCCAUUAAAAGCUCCUCCACAUCCUGACAACUGGAGAUGCCCUGAAUGUGUUAGCCCCCUUAAUGACAUUGAAAAGAUAUUGGAUUGUGAAAUGCGUCCUACUGUGGCUGAUAAUAAUGAUGCUUCCAAGCUGGGUUCGAAGCAAAUAUUUGUGAAACAGUAUCUUGUAAAGUGGAAAGGGUUAUCGUAUUUGCAUUGCACUUGGGUACCUGAGAAGGAGUUCCAAAAAGCUUUCAAGUCCAAUCCUCGUUUAAGGACUAAGGUGAACAACUUUAAUCGACAAAUGGGACCAAACAAUAGCUCUGAAGAUGAUUUUGUUGCCAUUAGACCUGAGUGGACUACAGUUGAUCGAAUCCUUGCUCGCAGGGGAGACUCCAACAAUAUAGAGUACCUUGUAAAGUAUAAAGAACUUCCUUAUGAUGAAUGUUAUUGGGAGUUUGAAUCAGACAUAUCUGCAUUUCAACCUGAAAUUGAGAGAUUUAAGAACAUUCAGUCCAGAUCUCAUAAAUCUUCUGCUAGCAAGCAGAAAAGCAGCCAUCGAGAUGCUGUUGAGUCCAAGAAAAAAUCAAAGGAAUUUCAACCCUUUGAACAUACUCCUGAAUUUCUUUCUGGAGGCUCACUGCAUCCUUACCAGCUUGAAGGGUUGAACUUCUUGCGUUAUUCUUGGUCCAAACAAACACAUGUAAUUCUUGCUGAUGAGAUGGGCCUUGGUAAAACCAUCCAGAGUAUUGCAAUUUUAGCAUCUCUGUUUGAAGAGAACCAUACUCCUCAUUUGGUAGUAGCACCACUUUCAACAUUACGGAACUGGGAACGGGAGUUUGCAACAUGGGCUCCGAAAUUGAAUGUUGUUAUGUAUGUUGGCUCUGCCCAAGCUCGUGCAAUUAUAAGGGAAUAUGAAUUUUAUCUUCCUAAAAGUCAUAAGAAGAUCAAGAAAAAGAAAUCUGGUCAAAUUGUUAGCGAAAGCAAGCAAGAUAGGAUAAAAUUUGAUGUCCUGUUAACAUCAUAUGAGAUGAUUAACUUGGACACAGCAUCGUUGAAGCCAAUAAAGUGGGAGUGCAUGAUCGUUGAUGAAGGUCAUCGGCUCAAGAAUAAGGAUUCAAAAUUGUUUCUUUCGUUGAAGCAGUAUACCAGUAAUCAUCGCACUCUUUUGACUGGAACUCCUCUUCAGAACAACCUUGAUGAGCUUUUCAUGCUGAUGCACUUUCUUGAUGCUGGAAAGUUUGGAAGUUUAGAGGAGUUCCAGGAGGAAUUUAAGGAUAUCAGUCAGGAGGAGCAGAUUUCAAGACUUCAUAAAAUGUUGGCCCCACAUCUCCUUAGAAGGGUGAAGAAGGAUGUCAUGAAGGAACUUCCUCCCAAGAAGGAACUCAUUUUACGUGUUGAAUUAAGUAGCAAGCAGAAAGAAUAUUACAAGGCAAUUUUGACUCGUAACUAUCAACUACUUACCAAACGCUGUGGUCCACAAAUAUCUCUAAUCAAUGUGGUUAUGGAGUUGCGGAAGCUAUGCUGUCAUCCUUAUAUGUUGGAAGGGGUUGAACCAGAUAUUGAAGAUGCAAAUGAAGCUUACAAACAGCUCUUGGAAUCUUCUGGAAAAUUGCAACUGUUGGACAAGAUGAUGGUAAAGCUUAAAGAGCAGGGGCAUAGAGUUCUUAUCUAUUCCCAGUUCCAACACAUGUUGGACUUACUGGAGGAUUACUGUACUUACAAGAACUGGCAGUAUGAACGUAUAGAUGGAAAGGUUGGUGGAGCUGAGAGGCAGAUUCGCAUAGAUCGGUUUAAUGCCAAAAAUUCUUCCCGGUUUUGUUUUUUGCUUUCUACUAGAGCUGGUGGCUUGGGUAUAAAUCUUGCAACUGCAGAUACAGUUAUCAUUUAUGACAGUGAUUGGAAUCCCCAUGCUGAUUUACAAGCAAUGGCUAGAGCUCAUCGACUGGGCCAAACCAACAAGGUGAUGAUUUAUCGGCUCAUAACUCGAGGAUCCAUUGAAGAAAGGAUGAUGCAGAUGACUAAGAAGAAAAUGGUUUUGGAGCAUCUUGUUGUUGGGAGGCUCAAGGCUCAAAAUAUUAAUCAGGAGGAGUUGGAUGACAUCAUUAGAUAUGGCUCAAAGGAACUAUUUGCUGAUGAGAACGAUGAAGCAGGAAAGUCCCGCCAAAUUCAUUAUGAUGAUGCUGCUAUUGAUAGAUUACUUGAUCGUGAGCAAGUUGGCGAUGAAGUGGCUUCAGUGGAUGAUGAAGAGGAGGAUGGAUUUUUGAAGGCCUUCAAGGUAGCUAAUUUUGAAUAUAUAGAGGAAGCAGAAACUGUUGCAGAGGAAGAAGUUCAAAAAGAGGCCAUGGAAAACAAAAAUACCGUGAACAAUUCUGAAAGAACAAGUUAUUGGGAAGAGUUGUUACGAGACAGAUACGAAGUUCAUAAAAAUGAGGAGUACAAUUCUCUGGGAAAAGGAAAGAGAAGCCGAAAGCAGAUGGUAUCUGUUGAAGAAGAUGACCUUGCGGGUCUGGAAGAUGUAAGCUCAGAUAAUGAAGAUGAUAACUUUGAAGCUGAAUUGACUGAUGGUGAUACAACUUCAUCUGGAAAUCAAUCUGGGAGAAAGCCUUACAGGAAGAGAGUUCGUGUGGAUAGUACGGAGCCAAUUCCUUUAAUGGAAGGUGAAGGAAAGUCUUUCAGGGUGCUUGGUUUCAAUCAGAGUCAGAGGGCUGCAUUUGUUCAGAUAUUGAUGAGAUUUGGGGUUGGGGACUAUGACUUUAAGGAGUUUGUACCUCGCUUAAAGCAGAAGACAUAUGAAGAAAUAAAAGAUUAUGGUGUUCUCUUUUUGAGCCAUAUCGUAGAAGAUAUGAACGACUCUCCGACAUUUGCAGAUGGUGUUCCGAAAGAAGGUCUCAGAAUUCAAGAUGUACUAGUUAGGAUAGCUACCCUGCUUUUAAUAGGUCAAAAGGUGAAGUCUGCAUCAGAAAACCCUGGUACCUCCCUUUUUACUGAUGAUAUACUAACGCGCUAUCCAACUCUAAGGGGUGGAAAAUCUUGGAAUGAGGAACAUGAUUUGUUGUUACUGCGUGCUGUUCUAAAGCAUGGGUAUGGAAGAUGGCAGGCUAUAGUUGAUGACAAAGACUUGAGGAUUCAGGAGAUCAUUUGUCAAGAGUUGAAUCUUCCCUUUUUAAACUUUCCUGUUCCUGGGCAAGCUGGUUCUCAAGUGCAAAAUGGUGCUAAUACAACCAAUUUAGAAGCAACAGGAAACCAGACUCAAGGAAAUGUCUCUGGGAAUGAUGUAGGAGGUGAGGUAGCCCAGGGAGUGACUGAUGCUGUGAACCAAGCACAACUAUACCCGGACCCUGCUGCUAUGUAUCAGUUUAGAGAUUUGCAGAGAAGGCAGGUUGAAUAUAUCAAGAAAAGGGUGCUUCUCUUGGAAAAGGGGAUGAACGCAGAGUAUCAGAAAGAAUAUGAGGAUGAAUUAAAAGCUAAUGAAAUGACAAGUGAAGAGCCAGAGAAUGGACAAAACGUUGCAGACAUGCCAAAUGCAAGCUCAACAGAGAUCCCUUUCCAAGUGAUUGACCACUUAAUUCCAAUAGAAGUAAUUGCAUCAGAACAAAUUUCAGCAGCUGCUUGCAAUGAUGAUGCAGAUCGAUUGGAACUGCCGCUGCAUUUUAAUAAGAUGUGCAAGAUAUUGGAGGGCAAUGCUCUUGAAGCUGUGUGUAGCGUCAAUUUGAAGAACAAAUUCAGUCCACUGGAAGAAAUUUGUGAGGACAUAUCUCGGAUUCUGUCACCCACACAGCACUAUCCUCAUACUUCAAAGCCGCCUGUACUUGGCACACAGAGCACUGUUGCAGCAGGGUCCCGUCCACCACCUAAUCAACAUGCGGCCAUUGUGACAGGUAUUGAGAUGGAGGACUCACCAAAGGGAACUAAACGAAAGAAACCUGCUACCGUAGAGGAAAUCGACUUAGAUUCCGGCCCAGGUCUAAUGAAAAAAGCUACCGGAGCUGAUGCUGUGAUGGUAGAAACAGAGAAUGCAGACGGUGGCGCAACUGAUGCUAUGGCUAGUGGAACUGCAAGGGGAAAAAGCUCCGAGAAAUCCGGACCAGGGGUCAUUGUUUUAGAUGAUUGAAAUGCAUAGAGGUGAUUUAUUGAGGCUGCCCCAAGCCUAAACUUUCAAUGAUUACCUUGUAAUAAAUCCUUUUAAGGCAUAUUUUCCAUAGGAUAUCUGCGGUAUUAAUCCGUUUAAAACAUUUAAGAACUUGCUUCAGUUUCAAAAACUCUAGUUUGUUUUCUCAACUAUAAUUUGCUUCUCUUUUAUUUAUCUCAUAAGUCUCACCGUCCUCCAUGAAAAUGUUAAAUAAAAGGAUGCAAAUUCAUGUCA